CCAAUCUUCAACAUCAUCUUUUAUAGAGCAUGUUCUUGUGCACGUGUUCUGCAGAGGCCGUUUACUUGCCCAGUAGAUGACUGCCAGUCAAGCUACCGGAGAAAAGAUCACUUGGCCCGUCACCUGCUCCAGCACCAAGGGAAGCUUUUCAAUUGUCCUGUAGAGAACUGCACUCGUAGGUUUGCAUUUCAGGGUAAUAUGAAGAGACAUGUGAAGGAGAUUCAUGAAGAACAAGUGUCUUCCUCUUGCGACACUGGAGGUCAAAAGCAGCAUAUUUGCAAGGAGUGUGGAAAGGUGUUUGAAUUUGUGUCAAAGCUGAGGAAACACGAGGAUUCCCAUGUUAAACUAGAUACUGUGGAAGUGGUUUGUGGGGAGACAGGUUGUAUGAAACAUUUCACAAAUGAUGAAUGCCUUAAAGCUCAUAUCCAGUCAUGCCACCAACAUGUUACCUGUGAGGUUUGUGGACAAAAGCAUCUGAAGAAGAAUAUCAAGCGGCAUCUGCGGAUGCAUGAUGCUGGAGUUUCGUCCGGGGAUAUCAAAUGCAGUUUCAGGGGCUGCCCACACACAUUCACUACUAAAUCAAAUCUCAAUCAACACAUUAAGGCAGCACACCUUGAGGUCAGACCAUUUGCCUGUCGAAUUCGUGGAUGUGACAAGAAGUUCCCAUAUAGACAUGUGAGGGAUAAUCAUGAGAAAUCUGGAAUCCAUGUUUAUGUCCAAGGGGAUUUUGAGGAGUCUGAUGAACUAUUCCGGUCAAGGCCAAGAGGUGGGCGUAAAAGGGCAUGCCCUAGUGUGGAGACUUUGCUACGUAAGAGGGUGAACCCACCUAGUCUGAUGGAUUCUGUCUUGAACCAGGGACCCGACUAUAUUGCAUGGUUACUUUCUGGGGUAAAUGAGUAACCAUGAGAUAUACACUUUGGUGGAGAUGGCAUUAGUAGUAAUAGCAGUUACAAAGAUCAUAGCAGAACUCUUUUACCUUUUGUAUAGAAUAUAUAUAAGAUG